UGUUCUAGAACGUUCUGGAACAGCAGUGAGUCACCACUAUAAAAGGAUCAGUGUGGGAGUGGACCGAUCAGUUGAGGACGUUGAGGUGGAGAUUCGAUGAGAUGACAGAAGAACAACAACCGGGUCCAAGUUCGCAAUGCGCAAGCUAUAAGAAUGGCGUAUAUAAAUGCAUAAUAUGUGAUGAUGAAGUAAAAGAUGCAGUAAGCACUCAGUGCGGUCAUGUGUGCUGCUGGCCAUGUCUACAUCAAUGGUUAAAGAAGAAGCAGGUUUGUCCAAUAUGCCGGAAUGCCGUAAACCCAGCUCAAGUCAUACCAACUUUUAUAGGUGGUACUGCAGAGCAUCCAACCCGGUAUAAUGUUCCACCACCGACUGGCCAAAGAUCUGCAGAGCCAGAAGCCUGGAUUGUUGCCAAUUGCAUGCAUUUUGUUGAUGCCUGUCUCUUGGGAGCCUUGGGCGUCGCCGGCGUCGCCGGCGUCGCCAGCGUCGCCACCAUCUUCGGCAUAGGCUACAUGUGGGGAUCUAAAAACCAAAAAAAAGAAUAAAUAUUGAGUAGCGAGCUGGACAAAGUAACAGAGAAUAGCGAAUAUAUAUUCAAAUUAUGUGAGAUCGACCUAUAUGAACUUGCUACUCGACUUUAAGAAAAAAAUUUUUUUAAUAUGCAUUAAAUUAAGCUUAUACUACUUUUCUUUAUUUAUAUGUACUUGACUGAACAUUGUUCUUUUAACGGUUCCAUAUACACCAGAACAGAAUGGUGUUGCUGAGAAGACAAAUCGCACAAUUGUGGAAAAAGCACGUUGUAUGAUGCAAGACGCCGGUUCGGAUCAGAAGAUGUGGACAAAGGCAGUAAACACUGCGGUCUAUCUUAAAAAUCGUUCUCCUCAGAAAGUUAUUAAAGGAAAGACGCCAGAAGAAUUAUGGACUGGCAAGAAAGUGAAUCUUAGUCAUUUGAAAGUAUUUUGCUGUUUGGCAUACGUGCACAUUCCCAAAAAUCAGAGAAAUAAAUGGGACGCCAAAGGAAAAACGCAUCUAUUUCU